GGCCCCAUGGCCGGGCCCCCCUGAAGCAGUCCGGGGGAGUCCCCUCCCCUCCCCAGCUCGGGGGUCUCGGGGCCCCAUGAGCCGGGGCGCGGGCGCUCUUCAGCGCCGGACAACGACCUACCUCAUCUCGCUGACCCUGGUCAAGCUCGAGUCGGUACCUCCGCCGCCGCCUUCUCCGUCUGCGGCCGCAGCCGGCGCCCCCGGGACCAGAGGUGCCGAGACAGGGGAUCCAGGCAGCCCCCGAGGCGCGGAGGAGCCGGGCAAGAAGCGGCACGAACGUCUCUUCCACCGGCAGGAUGCGCUGUGGAUCAGCACGAGCAGCGCGGGCGCCGGGGGCGCCGAGCCCCCCGCCCUGUCCCCGGCUCCGGCCAGUCCGGCCCGCCCCGUCUCCCCCGCUCCCGGCCGCCGCCUCUCCCUUUGGGCCGCCCCUCCGGGGCCCCCGCUCUCCGGGGGGCUGAGCCCUGACCCCAAGCCCGGGGGCGCCCCCACCUCCCGGCGCCCCUUGCUCAGCAGCCCGAGCUGGGGGGGCCCGGAACCUGAAGGCCGGGCGGGCGGCGGCGUCCCAGGCUCGUCCUCCCCGCACCCCGGCACUGGCAGUCGGAGGCUCAAGGUGGCGCCUCCUCCGCCGGCUCCCAAGCCUUGCAAGACCGUGACCACGAGUGGCGCCAAAGCCGGCGGGGGCAAGGGCGCGGGUAGCCGCCUGUCAUGGCCCGAAAGCGAAGGCAAGCCCAGGGUCAAGGGGUCAAAGAGCAGCGCGGGGACUGGAGCUUCGGCCGCUGCUGCUACAGCCGCCUCCGCGGCCGCCGCCGCCGGGGGAGGGGGAGCGGCAGCCACGACCUCUGGUGGGGUCGGGGCUGGGUCCGGAGCCCGAGGGAAGCUGUCCCCUCGGAAAGGCAAGAGUAAGACCUUGGACAACAGUGACUUGCACCCGGGACCGCCUGCUGGUUCUCCUCCUCCGCUCACCCUCCCAGCAACCCCGGCUCCAGCCGCUGCUGUCACCGCCGCCUCCGCGCAGCCCACUGGGCCUGCACCUCCAAUCACUCUAGAGCCUCCAGCUCCAGGGCUGAAACGGGGCCGGGAGGGGGGCCGAGCAUCCACUCGAGAUCGCAAGAUGCUCAAGUUUAUCAGCGGCAUCUUCACCAAGAGCACAGGGGGGCCUCCUGGCUCCGGGCCCCCUCCCGGACCCCCGGGCCUGUCUUCUGGCAGCGGGUCCAGGGAGCUGCUGGGCGCAGAGCUCCGCGCCUCCCCUAAGGCUGUGGUCAAUAGCCAGGAAUGGACUUUGAGCCGCUCCAUUCCUGAACUGCGCCUGGGUGUGCUGGGCGACGCCAGGAGUGGGAAGUCAUCACUCAUCCACCGAUUCUUGACUGGUUCGUACCAGGUGCUGGAGAAGACAGAAAGUGAGCAGCACAAGAAAGAGAUGUUGGUGGAUGGACAGACUCAUCUGGUGUUGAUCCGAGAGGAAGCUGGGGCACCUGAUGCCAAGUUCUCAGGCUGGGCAGAUGCUGUGAUCUUGGUCUUCAGCCUGGAGGAUGAAAACAGUUUCCAGGCCGUGAGUCGUCUCCAUGGGCAGCUGAGCUCCCUUCGGGGGGAAGGACGAGGAGGCCUGGCACUGGCACUGGUGGGGACACAAGACAGGAUUAGUGCUUCCUCCCCUCGAGUGGUGGGCGAUGCCCGGGCCAGGGCUCUGUGCGCGGACAUGAAGCGCUGCAGCUACUAUGAGACGUGCGCCACCUACGGGCUCAAUGUGGACCGGGUUUUCCAGGAGGUGGCCCAGAAGGUGGUGACUUUACGAAAACAGCAACAGCUUCUGGCUGCCUGUAAGUCCCUGCCCAGCUCCCCAAGCCACUCAGCUGCUUCCACUCCUGUAGCUGGACAGGCUAGCAAUGGGGGCCACACUAGCGACUACUCUUCUUCCCUCCCAUCCUCACCCAAUGUUGGUCACCGUGAGCUCCGAGCUGAAGCGGCUGCAGUGGCCGGAUUGAGCACUCCAGGGUCCCUGCACCGGGCAGCCAAGCGCAGGACCAGCCUUUUUGCGAAUCGUCGGGGCAGUGACUCUGAGAAGCGGAGUUUGGACAGUCGGGGAGAGACAACGGGGAGUGGGCGAGCCAUCCCCAUCAAACAGAGCUUCCUACUGAAGCGAAGUGGCAACUCCUUGAACAAAGAAUGGAAGAAGAAAUACGUGACCCUGUCCAGUAACGGCUUCCUCCUCUACCACCCCAGCAUCAAUGAUUACAUCCACAGCACCCAUGGCAAGGAGAUGGACUUGCUACGAACGACAGUCAAAGUCCCUGGUAAAAGGCCCCCAAGAGCCAUCUCUGCUUUUGGCCCCUCAGCCAGCAUCAACGGGUUGGUCAAGGACAUGAGCACUGUGCAGAUGGGUGAAGGUCCUGAAGCCACCACUCCCACCCCCAGCCCCAGCCCCAGCCCCAGUUCUCUGCAGCCACCACCAGACCAGACAUCCAAGCACCUGCUGAAGCCAGACCGGAAUUUGGCCCGAGCCCUCAGCACUGACUGUACCCCAUCUGGAGACCUGAGCCCCCUGAGUCGGGAACCCCCUCCUUCUCCCAUGGUGAAGAAGCAGAGGAGGAAAAAGUUGACAACACCGUCCAAGACUGAAGGCUCGGCUGGGCAGGCUGAAGCCAAGCGCAAAAUGUGGAAACUAAAAUCCUUUGGUAGUUUAAGAAAUAUUUAUAAAGCAGAGGAAAACUUCGAAUUCCUGAUCGUGUCCAGCACUGGUCAGACUUGGCACUUUGAGGCAGCCAGUUUUGAGGAGCGGGAUGCUUGGGUCCAGGCCAUCGAAAGUCAGAUCCUAGCCAGUCUGCAAUGCUGUGAGAGCAGCAAGGUCAAGCUACGCACAGACAGCCAAAGUGAAGCAGUGGCCAUCCAGGCGAUCCGGAACGCCAAGGGCAACUCUAUCUGCGUGGACUGCGGGGCCCCCAACCCCACAUGGGCCAGUUUGAACCUGGGCGCACUCAUCUGCAUCGAGUGUUCUGGCAUUCACCGGAACCUGGGCACACACCUGUCCCGAGUUCGUUCGCUGGACUUGGACGAUUGGCCUCGGGAGCUGACCCUGGUGCUGACGGCCAUUGGCAAUGACAUGGCCAACCGCGUGUGGGAGAGCGACACGCGGGGCCGCACCAAACCCACGCGGGACUCUUCGCGAGAGGAGCGGGAGUCAUGGAUUCGCGCCAAGUACGAGCAGCUGCUAUUCCUGGCGCCGCUGGGCACUCCCGAGGAGCCUCUGGGCCGCCAGCUGUGGGCCGCGGUGCAGGCCCAGGACGUGGCCACCGUUCUCCUGCUUCUGGCCCAUGCGCGACACGGACCGCUCGACACCAGCGUAGAGGACCCGCAGCUCCGCUCCCCCCUUCACCUGGCAGCCGAGCUCGCCCACGUGGUCAUCACGCAACUGCUGUUGUGGUACGGCGCCGACGUGGCCGCCCGCGACGCACAGGGCCACACGGCGCUGUUCUACGCCCGCCAGGCUGGAAGCCAGCUGUGCGCCGACAUCCUUCUCCAGCACGGCUGCCCGGGUGAGGGCGGCAGCACAGCCACCACCCCCAGCGCAGCCACCACCCCCAGCAUCACCGCCACGCCCAGCCCCCGCCGCCGGAGCAGCGCCGCCAGCAUGGGCCGUGCGGACGCCCCCGUCGCGCUGGUAUAGUUGCCCAGCGGGAGAGACACCCCCACUCCCACACGGGCCGGGCACGACCACACCGGGUGGACCGCUGGACAGAUGCACCCACUCACCUCUCUAAACCGCACCCCGCCCCACGGGAGCACUUCUUUCCCCCACGAGGGCACAGCCCCCACGCCUCCCAGAAGACACAAACUCACCUCCCUCUCCCCAACGAGGCAUGGAGACCCCAGCUCAACACGCCCCCUUUCCACCCUUUCCACACUUGGAUUGCGCUGGGUCUACCCGCUGGGUGUCUGCGGAAGCGGACGCCCUGUCGCGGUACCUGCUCCUGGGAGCUUGGAUAUGCCCGCUCGCGCCCCCUAGGGGAGGAGGGGGAAAGACCCAGUCCUGCUUGUGCUCGACAAUCCCAAGGGUGGAGCACAAACCCAGGCUGGCUCCUGGGGAGACGCCGCGCCAGGGGGAGGGGUUAGUACGUGGGAGGGCUAGCCCUGGGACUUGGGGCCAAAACCCGGGCCCCCACCCCUUCCAUGCUAAUCUCACUGCCCAAUGAAGGGGGAAGGGCAGCGAGGGGCAGGACCCCUGCUGCCCAAGGGGGUAGGGGGGUCCCCAACCCUUUCCGUGAAAGGGACCAUGAGGAGUGGAAAUCAGGACGUCCCCCCACACCCACCCAUGGAUGGAAGCUAAAGGGCCCGGGGAGCCAAGAGCCUGGGUCCCUCCUCACUAGUAUCUUGGGAGGGAGAAGAGAUGGAGCAGAGCGGGCUAAGGGGACUGGGGAGGGACCUUGUAAUUUAUUGCUUUGUUCCCCAACAAGGGGGCAGG